AUGGUGGCUAGAAGGUUAAGGCACCCGUUUUCCAUGCAUGAGAGUGCGGAGUCUAAGCCUGGCAAGUAUCAAUAUUUUCUAUUGUACAUAGAUCUGGGCAUACAUACAUCACGGAUCAGUAAUGCGAGUGGGGACGCAUGUGAACGCCGCGACCCUUGCCAACAUGGCGGCGUGUGCAUCAGUACUGAUGAUGGACCGAUCUGCGAGUGUCGGGAUGGAGACUACGAAGGGGCGUUCUGCGAGCGAGCUAGUCUUUAA